UCGAGAAAGGGUUAAGUCGGCAAGCCAGCAAACGAGGGAGGAGCCAGCGAGUGCGGGAAGGAGUGGGGGUGGUUGGGAAAAGCUUCCUCGCUGUCCCCACUCUCCCUCGGCUAGCAGCCUGGGCACACGGACCGACGGACUGACGGACUCUCGAGCGGACAGCGCAGCUAGCGGGGCGCGGGCGCUGGGCGUCGACGGCCAGCCCCAGCCUUCCCCGCCCCGUCGCGCCCCGCCCCGUCCCGUCGGGGCCGAUGGCUCCUCCCGAGGCCCGCAGCCCGGGCGGCGCAGGGUAGAGCGCCGCGGCCCGGCCACGCAGCCCGGGGACUCCCGGGCCCUCCCGGAGCCCCGCGGGGUCCCCGCCGUGCAUCCGGCGGGCUCAGGGAGCGAGUGGGAGCGCCAUCCCCCCGCUGCCCCCUCCCCCGAGCAUCGAGACAAGAUGCUGCCCGGGCUCAGGCGCCUGCUGCAAGCUCCCGCCUCAGCCUGCCUCCUGCUGAUGCUCCUGGCCCUGCCCCUGGCGGCCCCCAGCUGCCCCAUGCUCUGCACCUGCUACUCAUCCCCACCCACCGUGAGCUGCCAGGCCAACAACUUCUCCUCUGUGCCGCUGUCCCUGCCACCCAGCACUCAGCGACUCUUCCUGCAGAACAACCUCAUCCGCACUCUGCGGCCAGGCACCUUUGGGUCCAACCUGCUCACCCUGUGGCUCUUCUCCAACAACCUCUCCACCAUCUACCCGGGCACUUUCCGCCACUUGCAAGCCCUGGAGGAGCUGGACCUCGGUGACAACCGGCACCUGCGCUCGCUGGAGCCCGACACCUUCCAGGGCCUGGAGCGGCUGCAGUCGCUGCAUUUGUACCGCUGCCAGCUCAGCAGCCUGCCCGGCAACAUCUUCCGAGGCCUGGUCAGCCUGCAGUACCUCUACCUCCAGGAGAACAGCCUGCUCCACCUACAGGAUGACCUGUUCGCGGACCUGGCCAACCUGAGCCACCUCUUCCUCCACGGGAACCGCCUGCGGCUGCUCACAGAGCACGUGUUUCGCGGCCUGGGCAGCCUGGACCGGCUGCUGCUGCACGGGAACCGGCUGCAGGGCGUGCACCGCGCGGCCUUCCGCGGCCUCAGCCGCCUCACCAUCCUCUACCUGUUCAACAACAGCCUGGCCUCGCUGCCCGGCGAGGCGCUCGCCGACCUGCCCUCGCUCGAGUUCCUGCGGCUCAACGCUAACCCCUGGGCGUGCGACUGCCGCGCGCGGCCGCUCUGGGCCUGGUUCCAGCGCGCGCGCGUGUCCAGCUCCGACGUGACCUGCGCCACCCCCCCGGAGCGCCAGGGCCGAGACCUGCGCGCGCUCCGCGAGGCCGACUUCCAGGCGUGUCCGCCCGCGGCACCCACGCGGCCGGGCAGCCGCGCCCGCGGCAACAGCUCCUCCAACCACCUGUACGGGGUGGCCGAGGCCGGGGCGCCCCCAGCAGAUCCCUCCACCCUCUACCGAGAUCUGCCUGCCGAAGACUCGCGGGGGCGCCAGGGCGGGGACGCGCCUACCGAGGACGACUACUGGGGGGGCUACGGGGGUGAGGACCAGCGAGGGGAGCAGACGUGCCCCGGCGCUGCCUGCCAGGCGCCCCCGGACUCCCGAGGCCCUGCGCUCUCUGCCGGGCUCCCCAGCCCUCUGCUUUGCCUCCUGCUCCUGGUGCCCCACCACCUCUGACUGCGGUGCUGAGAUCGAAGAGGCCAGUGUCCGAUCCCCGCUUCCCGUCCACCCGGGGCUGCGGCUCCGGCCCCAGUCGCCCCCCCCGCCCCUGGCCUUGCUGCCUCCCUUUCCCCUCCCAGCUCCUCUCCUCCUCGGGGAGCAGGCCGCCUCUCCUUGCCUGCCCCCUGGGCUGUCCUGACUUAUGGCAGCCCCAAGAGGGCGUGUGUGGUGGCUCAGCCCUGCCCUCCCCAACUCUGGCCAUUAACUCUUCCCCAUCCCAAGGCUGGGGUGGGGCCCCCCAGGCAGCCGCUGACCCGCACUCCUAAGGGCCCACAGCGGACACCAGAGGGGCUUUUGUCUGCAGAGCGUCUUCCACCAGCAGAGCCUUUGGAAGCUCCCCCAGGGAGCCCCACCCAGGACCCUUUGGGGGAUGCCUCAGUCAGGGCCAGGCUGACCCUGACCCCUGCUUACCCUAGUCCCCUCAACCUCCUGACACUGGAGGAAUACUUUUCUCCUAAGUCUACCCUGGACACUUUUUAGGGCACCUGGAGAGAACUUUCCUCUCCACUGUGGCCCCUGCGUGGUGAAGAUCAAAAGAAGUUGUUUGGGAAAAAAAAUUUAUUAAAAAAUUCUAUUAUUUUA